UGUAGCACGCACCGUGGUUGCGUGUGGUUAAUUUACGUCGUCAACCAUUUUCAGUACUACUAACUUCCCCUUCUUUCUUCGUUCUUUCUUCCUUUCUUUCUCUGAAGCCUUAAAGCUAAGCACUUUUCGCUCUCUCUCUCUCUCUCUCUCUCUCUCUCUCUCUAACAAUCUGUGUUAAGCAUGAAAGUAACAGAAUCCGAAGCGGAGGCGGAGGGGGUGACUGUAAGGGAGUGCAUUGAAGUGAUGUCAAGCCUCCUGAGCGAAAUCCCAUCCAUGGAGAGCUUCAAGGGAAAGUGGUCACUCAUCGGAGCCACACUGACACACCUCCAAACCCACCUCUCCGACUCCGAUUUCCCCGCCUCAAACCCACUAUCCCUCGACCUCCUCCGCUCUCUCUCGCAAACGCUCCACCACGCUCUCUCCCUCGCCCAACACUGCCACUCCCCCAACCCCCCUCACGGCAAGCUCAAGACACAGAGCGACCUCCACUCCCUCCUCGACACCCUCAACCGCCACCUCCACGACUCCACCAUCCUCUCCCGCACCCAUAUCGACAACGCCGCCGCCCUCUCCACCAACCCCCGCGACUCUCUCAGAUCCCAAUCCAGGAACCUCAUCACCCGCCUCCAAAUCGGCUCACCGGACUCUCGAAACUCCGCCAUGGACUCCCUGCUUUCUCUUCUCCAUCAGGACGACAAGAACGUCGUCAUCGCCGUCGCGCAGGGCGUGGUCCCGGUACUCGUGCGCACACUCGAUCACUCCACCUCCUCUGAGUCCAAGGAAAAAGCCGUUGCCGCCAUCGCCAGAAUCUCAACCGUCGACACCAGCAAGCCCGUCCUCGCUGCCGAGGGCUUGCUUCUCCUCAACCAUCUCCUCCGGGUACUCGAUUCCGGAAGCGGGUUCGCGAAGGAGAAAGCCUGCAUAGCGCUUCAGGCGCUGAGUUACUCGAAGGAGAACGCCAGGGCCAUAGGCUCACGCGGCGGAAUCUCGUCGCUCUUGGAGAUCUGCCAAGCUGGCACCCCCGGUUCUCAAGCCUCCGCCGCCGGCGUUCUCAGGAAUUUAUCGCGCUUCGCCGAGAUCAAGGAGAAUCUCGUAGAAGAAAACGCUGUUUUCGUCCUCUUGGGUCUCGCUUCUUCCGGAACUGCGUUGGCGCAAGAGAAUGCCAUCGCCUGCCUCUGUGGUUUAGUCUCUGAGGACCAAAGCUUGAAGCUUUCGGUGGUUAGGGAAGGUGCGCUGGAGAGCUUGAAGAAUUUCUGGGAGUCGGGUCGGAGCCCCGAUGUAGCAAUUGAAUUUCUGGGUCAGCUGGCUUCGUGUUCGCGCGUGGCGGACGUUGUUGUCUCCGAUGGGUUUGUUGUGCCGCGUGUGGUGGCUGCAUUGGGGUCCGGAGUUAUGGCGGUUAGAGUUGCGGCAGGUAAAGCCGUAUAUGCUAUGUGUUUGGAGAGCGCAAGAGCGAGGAAGGAGUUGGGUGAGUGCGGCGGCGUUAGCCCUCUGAUAAAGAUGCUGGUGGAUGGGAAGAGCACGGAGGAGAAGGAGGCGGGUGCGAAAGCAUUGUCGGUGAUGCUGAUGCAUGCAGGGAAUCGGAGAGUGUUUCGGAAGGACGAGAGAGGGAUAGUGAGUGCGGUUCAGUUGUUGAACCCUUCGGUGGUGGGUUUGGAUAAGAGGUACCCGGUGUCGUUGCUGGAGUCGCUGGUUCAUUCCAAGAAGUGUAAGAAGCAGAUGGUUGCUGCUGGUGCUUGUGUUUACACUCAGAAGCUUGUGGACAUGGAUGUCCCUGGUUCCAAGAAGCUCUUGGAAAGCCUUGGUCGUGCCAAGAUUUGGGGUGUUUUUGCUAGACCCUAAAACGUUAACCUACUCAUCAAUCCAGCAGUUACACACAGACAAACACUCACUAUAGGAUUAUAAUAAGGCAGGCCUUGAUUCAUUCAUCUCUCUCCCUCUCUCUAUGUAUCAUAGUUUUUGUUCAGUUCUUCUUUCUUCUUUAUCUAAUUUAUUUUGCCUUUUUGCCUUUAGUUUUUUCAAGUGUGUAUAUCUGGUGUGUAUCUAAGUUAAUUUUGUGAUAUGUUAGUAAUUGUGUUCAUAAGGCUCAUGAUCUAACUGAGUUGAGUUCAUGUUCUUCAAUCUUCAUCUCAUGUUUGUAUUUAUUCUGAUCUUUUAUGAGUAGCUAGCUAUUUGUUUGUUUC